CAUAAAUGCACCAGCGAUCUCUCGUGGCGCACUGUCACCAUGGCCCCUCUGUGCCUGCUGCUGCUGGCCCUGGCUCUGGUGGCCGUCCCCGGUGCCCGCGGCACCUGUCCGGUGCCUGCAGACCUGAAGAGGGAAGACGGGACGCGCACAUGCGCCAGGCUCUACGACAAGAGUGAUCCCUACUAUGACAAUUGCUGCCAGGGAGCCCAGCUGUCCUUGGAGCCGGGCAGCGACCUGCCCUACCUGCCCUCGGACUGGGCCAACACGGCUUCGUCUCUGGUAGUGGCCCAGCGCUGCGAGCUCACCGUGUGGUCUCUCCCCGGCAAGAAAGGCAAGAGUCGUAAGUUCUCGGCAGGCAGCUACCCGCGCCUGGAAGAGUACCGCAGAGGCAUCUUCGGAGACUGGUCCAACGCCAUCUCUGGCCUCUACUGCAAGUGCAGUUGAUGCCUUGAGGGCCUGUCAUCUCCAACGCCACACAGUGCUGAGCCCAACCCCACCUGACCCUGGGGAUUGCAGCGGCCCCAAGAGCCAGGAGUCAGAUGGCCCUGCUGCCCGCCAUCGCAGCCGCCCUGUAAUACAGCCCUUGAGAAGUUA